AUGUCUAAGACUUCGCCUUUUACAAAUUCAUCAUUUGCAAGUUCGUCGUCAUCUCUUUUGGAAAAUAUAAAGAUGUACGAUGAUAAUGAUGAAUAUGUACCAAUUUUAACAUUUCGUCAACGUUUUUUAAACGACUCGGAUUCAGAUAGUGAGAGCGAGGAUGAAAAUGCUGCAGACACAAGUGUCCCCAAGAGAAAACGUAAACAAGCCCUCCAACUACCACCACCACCUACCUUUGAACCAUUGGUUCAUCCAAGUCCUUUGUGUUAUGCAAGUGUUUGGUUGCCAUCACAUAUUAAAGUUGGUGUUUCCAGACCGAUCAUUUUGUUUUUACUUUUUUUUACUAUGUCUAUGAUGGACACGAUAGUUGCAAAUACGAAUAAAUACACUUCAACAAAAGAUGCAGGGGUUACUGGUAGACAAUGGGAAGAUAUAACCCGCAACGAGCUCCUUGUUUGGGUUGCCUUGGUUAUUUAUCAGGGACUUUUCAAGUUGCCGUCCCAUGACCAAUAUUGGAAUGAAGAUCCAAGGCUCCCGAUUCAUCAAAUUUUAAAGCAAAUGAUAUUCAAAUGCUUUGAAUCAAUAAAGAGGUUUCUUCAUGUAUCCUUCCCCGCCCCCAUAUCUACAUUAAAAAAUUAUUUUGAUAAAGUAGAACCACUACUUUUCCAUGUUUGUGAAGCUUCGAAACGGUACUACACACCGGGAUCAAAUGUUUCAGUGAAUGAAAUGAUGAUACGAUUUUCUGAAAAAAGUGUCCAUACAGUGCGAAUGAAAAAUAAGCCAGUUCCGAAAAGUUUCAAGAUUUUUUCUCUUUGCGAAUCCGAGUACACAUACACUUUUCUACCAAUAUCACGCAUUGCCUUAAGUAAUGUCACAAAAGUGAAUAGUCUUAAUAAAGUUGGUGUUCCUCUCUUUCAGCAUCUUCGACAAAUCAGCGUUGGAGCUUGUGAAACUGUUCGAAAAACGGCAGCUAGAUUUCCAAAGGAAUUAAAAGUGAAUAAAGGCGCUAAAUUAGAUUGGGACAUCCAUUCUGAUGUUGAAAUAAAUGGUGUGUUGGCUAUUUUCUGGCAAGACAAUGGGCCAGUCAUGAUGCUAUCAACUAUUCACAGUCUUGUGGCAGUAUUUGGCUCUGAGCCAAAAAAAAAAUUAAAAAUUCCAAAAGUAAUUGAUGACUACAAUCAUAACAUGAAUGGAUCAAUGCAAGAACAUAAAGAGUUCCGUAAUGAACUUGUUUGGGAUCUUAUUGAGCUUGUGAAUGAUUCAGAUCAACGGUUGGUGUCCGAAAACCAUUUGGCCAUAUGGAAGGACCAACAAGAAACAUGCUAUUGGUGUGUUUGGUUGGCAAGUAAGAAUGAAUUGGAUAUGGAUCGCAAAACAUCAUACCAAAGCCAGGGGCCAAAGCUAGCAUUAGCUGGGUGGGUAGGCGAACUGGCUUUAAGGGCCAGUGCUACAUUAGCUUGG